AUGUCUGUGACGAGAUCGAGUACCGGUCCUCGAUAUCUUCCUCUGAACGUCGACUCUGAUGGAGCAUACUUAUUCUUCGGUGGUGACUGCAAGAUCAAGUUCGUUUCAAAACCUGGAGAACCAUUCAAAGCGAGACAGUGGCUUAAGGCCGACUCGCCGUAUACAGGCGCAGGAAAGAAAAGUUUAGCCAACCCACCUCUUCAUUACCACCUCUAUCAGACCGAAUUGUUUCAAGUGGUUUCUGGUGUAAUGGGAUUCGUUCUCGAUGGGGAAGAAGGAAAGCUUCAUCCUGGCCAGAGGGUCGUUAUCGAGCCGUACCAAGUUCACACGUUCUGGAACGACCCAGAUUCCGGGGAGGAUCUCGUUGUAGAAGUUUCACUGAAAGGAGGUGACAGACGCGGUUUGGAUGAGACUUUCCUGAAGAAUUUCUUUGGGUAUCUCGAUGCUCAGAUAAUGGCUGGAAAAACGCCUGAUACUCUUCAAAUGUUCACUUUCAUGGAUUCUGCUGAUGUUGUUAUCGCGGACGUUCCUUUGGGAUUAGGCAGGGUGGCCAACGUCGUAAUCGGACGAGCCAUUGCCCCAUGGAUCCUUGGUUACAAGACAUCCAUUCCAGAGUUUGAACAAUCAUGA